AUGGAACGACUUUGUAAAGAAAUUGCUCCUGAAACAUUACAAAUGUUUCGAAAUGAGAAUUCGGACAAUGAUGAUGAUAAUGAUAAUAAUAGUACACAAAAGCAAGACAAAUUUUAUCACUGGAUAAUGACAUAUCUUCUUAAACAAGAUCAACAUUUAACAGCCAUUAUUCGUACUCAACAAGAGCAACAAAAAAAUUUUGCUGCUGUUACACAAUGUCUUCUUCAUCACAGUGACGAAAUAGUAAAGAUGAUGCAAAUACAACAGGAACACGUAAACUACUUUCGCCGACUCUCAGAUCAGAUUGUAGAACAGCAGAAACAAUUAACCCAAAUUAUUGAAAGACAACAGCAACAAGAAGCUACUAAUAGUAAUUUACUACAAACCCAAUCAUCCAAGGAACAAUCGGCAACCAAUAUUGAUCAUGAUCGAGCAUGUCCUGACAAACACGAAAGUCGAAAAGAUUUAACUAUAACUUAUGAUCAAGGACAAUCAUAUGCAGUUGAAAAUUCAUUACAACAUCACAUAGAAAUACCUCCAACGGAAAUAGAAAAGAAAGAAUUUGAGUUUUCUGAUACAAUGAUUCCAAAUAUUCCAGUUAACGCACGAUGGGCACAGAAUGGAGUGACCGUUGCCGGAGGUAAUGGAGAAGGCCAUGAUACCAACCAACUCUCACAACCUCUCGGUUUGUUCGUUGAUGAGGAUGAAACGGUAAUCAUUACUGAUAAUUGGAAUCAUCGUAUUGUCGAGUGGAAGAAGAAUGAUACAAACGGGAGAGUGAUUGCUGGUGGUAAUGGUCAAGGAAAUCGAUUGAACCAAUUGAAAUAUCCAAGCGAUGUCUUGUUUGACAAAGAUACGAAAAGUCUCAUCAUCUGCGAUCGUGGCAAUGAACGAGUUAUGCAAUGGUCUCGUCGUAGUGGAACAAGUAAAGGAAAAGUUCUCAUCGACAAAAUCUUUUGUUAUGGAUUAGCUAUGGAUGAUCAAAAAUAUCUCUAUGUCACUGACAUCGCACAAAAUGCAGUAAGACGAUAUAAAAUAGGAGAAAAGAAUGGAACUCUCGUUGCCGGUGGUCAUGGUGCAGGUGAUGGCCUUAAUCAAUUCGAUGAGCCGAUCAAAAUCUUUGUCGAUCAACAACAGGCUGUCUACAUAUCAGAUAACAGAAAUCAUCGUGUAAUGAAAUGGAAUAAAGGUGCAACAGCAGGAAUUGUCGUUGCUGGGGGUCAAGGGCAAGGUAGUGCUUUGACACAAUUGUUCACUCCUAUCGGUCUUGUCGUCGAUGCUUUGGGUACUGUUUAUGUGGCCGAUACGUGGAAUAGUCGAGUCGUGAGUUGGCCUAAAGGAGCGAAACAAGGUAAUAUUAUUGCGGGUGGCAAUGGCGAAGGAAAACAACCAAAUCAACUUCAAUAUCCCGUGGAUUUGUCCUUCGAUCGACAUGGCAACCUCUAUGUAGUUGAUUGGGAUAAUAGUCGAGUUCAACGAUUUUCCAUCAAAUAG